ACUAAAACCCUGCGGAGAGACACGCCGCGCUCCCUGAUACGCUGCUCCAGCCGGUGGGCCUGGACUGGAAGCGCUCCGCAUCCACGACUGCAGAACCAGCGGCGCUCGCGGCGCAUCCACAUCGCAACAGACGCGCGCGACGCCGAGCGAACCCCCCCUGACGAUGGCGAAGAGCCGCAACAAGAACAGCGCCGGCGAGAAGAGCCCCGCGGCCCCGCAAGAGGACGCCGGCAAGAAGGCGCAGAAGAGCGGCGGCGCUAACGGGGCGAGCGCCCCGGGCUCCCAGGGGCCACGGCCGGGGAGCUGCCUCGGCUCUCUGGCCACCACCGUGUUUUACUUGGGCUUAAUCGGCGCUGCGGGCUUUGCGGCUUUUUACCUACAACAAGUUGUGGAAGAAAUCCGCCAGACGAGCGGCAGGCACGAGGAGAGCGCACGGCUCGGCGCAGAACUGAGCACGAAAAUGGAGAAUGUCGCUCAACAGGUGGAGUCUCUGAGGAGCGUGGUGGACGGGCUGGAGUCGUCGCUGGGCAUCACGCGCGUGGAGCUGGAAGGCGCCGUCAGUCGGAUGAAGAAGGGCGAAGUGGAGACCAGGAGGGUGGAGGAGGCUCUUCAGAAGCUCCAGAACGACCUGCUCCGGGACCUCUCAGAGGGCAUCAACGAGGUGAAGGAGGCCCGCGAGAGGGACUUCUCCUCCCUGGAGAAGACGGUGGAGGAGCGCCUGGCUGAGGUGAGUCAGUCCAUCACAGCCAGCGUGGCCGAGUUCACCGAAGCCCAGGGCGAGGCGCAGAGCCAGCUGGCCGACCUCAAAGCCCGGCUGGGGGACAUGGAGGACCCGGCCCUCAUCAAAGAGGAGCUCACUGCCAUCGUCAGCGCCGUGGCUGAAAUCAAAACGGCCAAAAACGACGCCGACUCCUCCGCCAAUUCGCUCCGGGAUCAGAUAAGCUCAGUGAGGAACGAGCUCCAGACUCGCAACCACGAGGUCGCCUCGCUGUCCAAAGAGGUGGAAACCAUGAGGUCAGCGGUGCAGGAGGCCGUCGGGAGCCUGAAGCAGACGCUGUCUGCAACCGAGGCCGGCGUCCAGGCUCUGAAGGACAGGACGGAGACGCUGGAGGGCGGGAUGCAGCAGGCCGCCGACGCCGCCCGCUCCGCGGAGCAGCGGGCGCACGAGGCGGCGGCUCAGGCCCAGAAACGCUCGGACGACCUGGAGGCCAGAGUGAAGGAGGGCGGGGACGCCCUGUCUGAGGUCAGCGCCAAAGUGGAGUCGCUGUUGGCCAAGUAUGACGCGCACGAAAGCGCCCUGGCGACGCAGAGGGAGGCUGUGGAGGGAGCGAAGGCCGGCGUGGACGAGCUGGAGGCGCUGAAGGGCAGAGUGGAGGAGAUGCAGUCGGCCGUGGACGCGCUGGGCGGCGCCCACAGCGAGCUGGUCCUGAAGGACCCCGGCCUGGGCCAGCGGGUGGAGGAGCUGGAGAGGAGGAUGGAUGCCGUGGAGGAAAGCAGCGCUGAGCCGGAGCGGCGGGAGAGUUCGGGCGGCGCCGCGGAGGACGAGCAGCAAAGCUAGAGGUUCCCCGUCGGGCACUGCUCCUCAAAAGCACUGCAGGAGACGCACGCAGGCGCUCAGGCGUCUCCACAGCCCCCCAGCAGGACGGAGGGAGACGUCAGGACACCAAAGCAUCCGCCAGCGAGGACCUCCAUCAGGCCUGGCGAACAGCUGGAGCACAUAAUAUUAGAAGAGCUGAAGGAUCAGGACGUAGCGGGGCAGAGCUCGACUGCUGAUCUGUGACUUCACAUCCACACUCAUUCUGCACUGUAGUUUGAUUUUCCAAUGUUUGGACUGUUAGACUUUACACUUUCAGGGCCAGGGCUGUUUUUGGGGCCCCGGGAUGGAACAGCGAGCUCAACCUGAACGUGUUUCCCAAGUUUACUCCGACAUGCUGCCUUUGUGUGUGUUUUUUACAUGAAUAAAAACUCCUUAUGAAGGA